AUACCUGCACAGGAUGGAGACUGAGGAGGCACAGGAAAUGUCCCAGAUAACAGGAGGGGACAGCCCGAAUGCUAACGAGGGGGGAGAGGACCAAGAUGAGGCCAUGCCUGUUCCUGAAGACUUGUCAGCAAGCACUGGCCUCCAACACAACAACCGCACAGACAAACCACUAGGGGAAAGGCCGUUCCAGUGCAGCCAGUGCGGUGCUUCCUUCACUCAGAAGGGUAACCUGCUCCGACACAUCAAACUGCACUCUGGCGAGAAACCUUUCAAAUGUCACCUGUGCAACUAUGCUUGCCGCCGCAGAGACGCCCUCUCCGGACACCUGCGCACGCACUCGGUUGGAAAACCUCAUAAGUGUGCAUACUGUGGGCGCAGCUACAAGCAACGGAGCUCACUGGAGGAACAUAAGGAGCGAUGUCACAACUACCUGCAGUGCAUGGGCCUUCAGAAUAGCAUUUAUACAGUGAAGGAAGAGAACAGCCAGAAUGAGCAGAGGGAGGACAUGCCAGCAUCUGAGAGAGCCUUGGUGCUAGACAGGAUAGCUAACAAUGUAGCUAAGCGUAAGAGCUCUAUGCCACAGAGGUUUGUGGGAGAGAAUCGUUUGUCGGAGCUGUCAUUCGAAGGCGGCUCAGGUGAGCUCAUGCAGCCUCAUGUGAUUGAUCAGGCCAUCAACAGUGCGAUUAGCUAUCUGGGAGCGGAGUCCUUGCGGCCUCUGGUUCAGACCUCCCCUGGCUCCUCCGACAUGGUGGUCAGCCCUAUUUACAACCUCCACAAGUCACAAUCAGUCGAAGGCAAUGGUGUAUCUGCUAAAGACAGCGCUGCAGAGCAUCUCCUUCUGCUGUCCAAGUCCAAAUCGGCCUCCGUGGAGAAGGACGGCUCGCCCAGCCCCAGCGGCCAGGACUCCACUGACACCGAGAGCAACGAGGCCGGGGGAGGCGGGGCAGCGGCCGCAGGAGGUCUCAUCUACCUGACCAAUCACAUGGCUCCAGGUAUGCGAAACGGAGGUCUGCCAGUAGUGAAGGAAGAGCAGCAGCGGCAUUUUGAGGCCUUGCGGGCAGUAGGGAUGGAGCUGAGUAUGGCGUCAUCGGAGGGGUUUAAGGUGCUGAGUGGAGAGGGAGAAGAGUUGAGGGCGUACCGCUGCGUCCACUGCAGAGUUUUGUUCCUGGACCACGUUAUGUAUACCAUCCACAUGGGAUGCCAUGGCUUCCGAGACCCCUUCGAGUGCAACCUGUGUGGUUACCGCAGUCAGGACCGCUACGAGUUCUCAUCACACAUCACGCGUGGAGAGCACCGCUUCUGAGUUAACACACAGAGACGUUCCACAUACACUUGACUACACGAUCACACAAGCGUACUACACACACACACACACACACAACACAUUCAACAUUUCAGAAUUUUUUUAGACACUGUCCAAACACUGGAGUUUCCUGUAACAUUGAUUUUUUUUGUACAUACAGUUGCCUAUAUAUUUCACUGUCUUGUCUAUUUUUCUACAAUGUUGUGAUUUAUAUGUAAACUAGUGAGACUAUUAAAAAAGAAAGAACUGUAACUGAAAAUAGAAAUUAGGUGUUUGAAAGUGCAACAUUUUAUAUAAUCCCAUAUAAAAGUGAAGUUUUUGCUGCCCUAA